AUGACCCAGAGUCAACGGAAGCACCGUGUCACGGGCCGACCCCUCCGUUUCUUUAGAAUCAUGCCAUUUCCUGUAGCUCGCCUGCUUAGUGCAACUUCAAUCUCCAGAGUCCGAACCGUCAUGCAGAGGGCCGUUCAUUUGGUGCAGUGCUCCUUUGCAGCAAUUUCCUUCCGUAGGCCCAUCGCAUUCUGCCAUACAGAGUCGUUUUUCGACCAACAAUAUUUCAAGCCUCGUUCAUUCUGCGGGAAAAUCGAGACGCUUUCGUUGGGGGCUUGCGAUUAUCGAGCUGAGACUCCCGCCUCGGCCACGCGUUAUCGCGGCAAGGCACGCAGCUUGGCAUUCUCCAGACCAAACGCUGUCUUGCACUUGCUCUACUUAAUUGAGACUUCCGACUCAGUAUUUUUCUCGUUCUUGUUCUUCUGGAGUGCUCAUCUUAAUGCCAGGCAGUGCAGCAAGUUCAUGACAUUAGGGUUGAAACUAACAUAUGUCCCAAAGUGCCUAAAAAUUCAACACGUGGAUAUCUUAUUUGAACCAGACGGUAUUGGUCAGACACUAGACCCGCCAAGUUUCGGAUCCGGCGCGUCUUCGAUGAUAAUCGCUGGAAGCCUCCAUGGCAAUCCGAUUGCCUUACUCAGUAAUAUGCAAAAGCUGAUCAAGAAUCAGAUGGGAAAAGCCGAAUCAGAGUCAAUAUGUUACAAACUGAACCAGACUCCGCGCAUCCUUGAGACCACUCAGGCAUGUGGCUAUGGAUUGAACGAGUCCGUCCGGUUGACUGAGAUAGUCGGAGUUUUUGACUUCAACAGUCUAUUCGCCUCUAUCUCUAAGAUUGAUCGGUUUACCUUUUCUCGCCCCCGUGGCCCAGCUUCCAUCUUUAGCAACUGGAGAGUCAGCCCUUUCACUUCCAAACAUGCUCUGCCUUCACUUUCGCAAAUUGGAAGGUUGCUCCAGGUUCCAGAGUUCAAUCUUGCUCCCAGGUUUCUUCGUGAUCCCGCUUGGAAAAGUGAAACCUAUGCGAGCGAUAGGUCACACACGUUGCGCUAUCAACCAAAGUUUCUAGUUUGUGUCAUAUUACAGAAGAAAACAGACGCGAGGGACUUGAUCGGCGCCAAGCAUGCAAAGCCAGCUUGGUAUGAUGUGUUUGUAUCAAUUCACUCUAUAAUGAAGCUCCUCGGCAUUCUAUCCAUAAUAUCAGCGGCGACUUCGCUUCGCCUGGAACCCAACUACACCUCAUCUGCAGGGGUAGAGAUCUUCAAUCCCUCAAUUAUGUUCCCACCUACUGGUCCAUGGAGUCUGAUGUCAAAGGCAGGAAGUACUGUUUACGUCGCCGGCAUGCGCGGCAUUUACCCAUCUAACAAUACCCUUGCUCCGGUGGGUAUUGACCGGAUCCGCCAAGCUUACGCCAACAUGAUCCAACUUGCCGAGCUUGCUGGCACUGAUCGGUUCUCGGCAACGGAGCUUUGGGGGAACGACCCCAAUAGACAACCCCCUCGGUCGAUCAUUGAAGUCCAGAGACUGAACGACGAUGAUAUUGUAGAGGUGGAAGGGACUUUCCUGGUUGCCUGA